UUUUGUAAGACAUCCCUGCUCCACCCUCAUGACGUCACGCCAACCACAAAGCCCCGGCACAUGUGACCUCACUUCCUUUUUAGGCUCUCUAACUCAAUAUGGCGCCGAAACGACCAACCGUUGUCAGGAAAGACAAAAAAAAGAGUACAUGGAAGUUUUCUCUUGACCUCACUCACCCUGUGGAAGAUGGCAUCCUUGACUCUGGAAACUUUGAGACGUUUCUUAAGGAGAAGGUCAAGGUAAAUGGCAAGACUGGAAACCUGGGCAGUGUAGUUCAGAUUGCCCGUCUGAAGAACAAGAUCAACGUCACAUCGGAAAAGCAGUUCUCCAAGAGGUACCUAAAGUACCUCACCAAAAAGUACCUUAAGAAGAACAACCUGCGAGACUGGCUGCGAGUGGUGUCUUCAGACAAGGAGAGUUACGAGCUGCGCUACUUCCAGAUCAGCCAGGAUGACGAGGAAUCUGAGACUGAAGAGUGAAGUGCUAACAGCCGCUAAGCCUAUAUAAAUGUGUAAUAAGUGACUGCACCAUUUAUAUUUGUACAGUUCAAUUAAUUUAUUGAAUAAAGGUUUGUGCACUAUA